AGGGCUUUAGGAAGUACAGGUGCUCAGUAGAGAGCAGCCAGGCCAGAAAGUUGGCUGAGAGGUGCAUGGGUAGAACAGAUGGGAGAAACAAUGUUCUUUCAAGCUGUUUAAACAUAAUUUUGCAGUACAUGGUGCCCAGAAAACACCAGUGACUCCUUUAGCUCUUCCUUUUCUGCCUCAAUAGCUACUGAAGGAAAGUACACUGAAGUAGCACGGCCUCGUGGAAAGACCACACUCCUGGGAGUCAGAAGACCUGAACCUGACUCAGCCACCAGUUUGCUGAGUGAACAGUGAGGAGGUUCCUGAAACAAUCUGAUUGAAGCCAUGGCAUUGGUCCUAAAGUAAAUAAGUCCCCUCCCUUAUAAUGGUGAUGGUAACUGGAGUCAGAGUUAGAACAGAUGGAUGGUACCAGAUGCAGUGAAAGGCAAAGAGGAGGAGAAGACCACAGAUGUGAAGGCAAUUAAAACUGCAAUACCAGUACAUUCCCCGCAGAAAAGCACUAGAAACCAUGCCUUACUGGAGGCUGCAGGACCAAGCCAUGUGGCAAUCAAUGCCAUUUCUGCCAACAUGGAUUCAUUUUCAAGUAGUAGGACAGCUACCCUCAAGAAGCAGCCCAGCCACAUGGAGGCUGCUCAUUUUGGGGACCUAGGGAGAUCAUGCUUGGACUUUCAGGCCCAAGAGACCAAAUCAAGUCUUUCAAAAACCCUGGAACAAGUCUUGCAGGACAGCAUUGCCCUCCCUUAUUUUAUUCAGUUCAUGGAACUGCGUCGGAUGGAACAUUUGGUCAAAUUCUGGUUGGAAGCUGAAAGCUUUCACUCCACAACUUGGUCCCGCAUAAGAGCACACAGUCUGAAUACAGUUAAACAGAGCUCCUUGGUAGAGCAGGUCUCUCCUUCCUCCAAAAGACGUGAAACCACAGCAUCUUUCCCAACUGGAUUUCUUGACAAGAGGUUGGAGGACUCCAGCACAGUGCAGCUGCUCGUGACCACGUCAAAAGGAACAGACUUGAAUAGUAGAACUAGCAACGCCCAGAACCACUCGUUGCCUUUCCAGGAUAGAGACGAUGUCCAGGCCCUCCAUCUUGGGAUGCUCAAGGCCGAACCACACCCAGUUUCCAUGGAGCAUCAAGAAUCUUCCAGACUUUCAGUAUCAAAUAGAAAUAGCCCUUCUUCUGCACUAAAGGAAUUGUCAGGAAAACUAAUGAGAAGUAUAGAACGGGAUGCAGUGAAUACUUUUACCAAAUAUAUAUCUCCAGAUGCUGCUAAACCAAUCCCUAUUACAGAGGCAAUGAGAAACGAUAUAGUAGCAAAGAUUUGUGGGGAAGAUGGACAUGUGGAUCCUAAUUGUUUUAUUAUGGCACAGUCAAUAGUGUUUAGCGCCAUGGAACAAGAGCACUUUAGUGAGUUUUUGCGAAGUCACCAUUUCUGUAAAUACCAAAUUGAAGUGCUGACCAGUGGGACUGUUUACCUGGCUGAUAUUCUCUUCUGUGAAUCGGCCCUGUUUUAUUUCUCUGAGUACAUGGAGAAGGAGGAUGCUGUGAAUAUUUUGCAGUUCUGGUUGGCAGCAGAUAACUUCCAAUCUCAACUUGCUGCCAAAGAAGGCCAAUACGACGGGCAGGAGGCACAGAAUGAUGCUAUGAUCUUAUAUGACAAGUACUUCUCCCUUCAAGCCACGCACCCGCUUGGAUUUGAUGACUUUGUACGAUUAGAGAUCGAAUCCAAUAUCUGCAGGGAAGGAGGGCCCCUCCCGAACUGUUUCACAACUCCACUACGUCAGGCUUGGACCACCAUGGAGAAGGUGUUUUUACCUGGCUUCUUGUCCAGCAACCUUUAUUACAAGUACUUGAAUGAUCUCAUCCAUUCAGUUCGGGGAGAUGAGUUUGCAGGAGGGAAUAUUGCACUGAUCGUUCACGGCCCCGGUAGCCCUCCUGACAGUGAGUCUCAUUCAAGUGGUUCGGAGAGCUCAGCUUCUCAGUCAAGUGUGAAAAAGGCUAAUGUUAAAAUCCUGAAAAAUUUUGAUGAAGCAAUAAUUGUAGAUGCUGCAAGCCUGGAUCCAGAAUCUUUAUAUCAACGAACAUAUGCAGGGAAGAUGACAUUCGGGAGAGUCAGUGACUUGGGGCAGUUCAUCCGAGAAUCUGAACCUGAGCCCGAUGUAAAGAAAUCCAAAGGAUCCAUGUUCUCCCAAGCUAUGAAGAAAUGGGUACAAGGAAACACUGAUGAGGCCCAAGAAGAGAUGGCCUGGAAGAUAGCUAAAAUGAUAGUCAAUGAUGUAAUGCAGCAGGCACAAUAUGAUCAGCCAUUAGAGAAAUCUACCAAGCUGUGAUUUUUAGACAUCAGAAUAAGGAAAUCUGUUUUUGAAGCUAUGUAAAGUCUUUCCUUUUGGUGGAUCCUCUUUAACACAGCCAAUGAAAACGAAGUACUGUACGCCUUGCUAGCCGACCGAUCGCCAUCGUUUCAGCGGGGAAAAUGGGGAGCGGAGCAGUCUGGGGCCUCCACUGCAAAGUGCAGAUAAUAUAUACACACACAUAUAUAUAUUGUUGCACGUGGAGCUCCUACAAUGUGGGACUAGAAGAGGCGAAGAGACCAUUCUUAGACACUGUUGGAAAAGUAUCCUGGCCUUUGCAAAACCCAAAGCCAUUUCUAAGAGACCGUUGUUGAUCCAAACUUCUGGAGCAGAGUUGGGCCACACCCUAGGGGGUGGGAAAGAUUUUGUUCUAGUUUCUAAUGCCAACACCACAGGUAAUAAACACACACCCCAUGGGCAACAGGCGGGGGGCAUGAAAGAUAGUGGAACCCCUUGUCCUCACUAAAUGGAAAAGUGGAAUCCGUCACUUGGUCAGACAUGCCGAUUAGGGAGAGGUAUGAAGUGAUAUCCGUUUAAUUUCUGUACUUGAACUAGGUGAGUAUUAAUUGUAAAAUAAGUUGUAUUUUUCCUUCCUUCACCAAGGCAUUCAUUUUGAAGGAAGUUGUUAGGUUAGGAGUGAAGACUUGACAGUGUUACUGUCCUUGCCUAUGGCAGCACUGUACACUUUCCAUCUUGUCUGACUUGCUUCUGAGAUGCAGAUUAUUUACAAACUGGCCUCUCAUCUGCAUAAGCCCUCUGGUACUAAGAGAGUCUCAGAGUCAAAUCCACUGUGCCAUGUGAGCAUCAAGUUCAGAACUGUGCUCCCUGGACGCUGCUCUCUAAUGUAAUUCUUCAAAAAUACACAUAGAAAAGAUGGGGAAAAAACCCCACCACCACAACUCACUCCCAAUUUUUACCUAGGGGCUGUUCUCAACUCAAGCUGUCUUUUCUCAGAUAGGACUGGUUUGGGGCUUUUUUUUAAUUUUUUUUUUUAAUUAAGACUAACCACUCCUCUCCUUUUCAUUUUGAAGUUUGGAACUUCUAUCUCCCACCCCUUCCCCACCUCCAGUCUUGACCCCACACCAAAUCCAUAACCCAAACAGUAAGCAGACUCACCUCACCACUCACCAUACUUCUAGUCUUUCAAGGCCUAAAACCAUGAAGAAAUUCUGCAAGAAACCCAACCAGGGUUACACUCCAUUUUAUUUUGGCAAACAUCUUGUCAUGGCAUACUGUUGUUUGGGGAGGCGGGAGGGGCAAAGAGGGUGCCCUUUUCCUGUAAUGGCUUUUUAUCGAAAAAAGACUGAAAAAAAAAUCACUUUAUAAAAAAUUACCAAUCCUCCUACGUUCAGAAAUCUUGACUGGAUAGAGAAUGUUUAUUCUGUUGCAAUAUUUGAUUGUUUAGCGGCACACUGUUUUGUCAUCAACCAGAAGAAGCAAAAAGGCUGUGUAUUGGUUUUUGGUACUAUGUACCACCUCUUUAUUCCUCUUAUGCCCAAGUAUUCAUGUACUUAAACCAUAUUCUAUUUAAUUGUGUUUGAUUUAAAAUAUAUCUAUAUAUAUAAAAAAUAUUAAAAGUUGUGUCAAUUUUC